AAACCAUACAUAAAUCCUCUCAUUUUUUUUUCUCCCUCUGUGUUGCCUCCAAAAUUCUGGAACAAGGAAAGAGAGGAAUAAACCUUGCUCAAGAUAGUUCUAUUUUAUUAUCACCAAUCAUAUCUGAGUCAUUUUGAAACUCUUCAUUCUCAUUGUAUCAAUCUUAGUCACAAUGGCAACAUUUUUCCGAAGAAUGGCGAUCAGAUAUAUUUUUCUGACAUUGUUUUUCUCUGCAGAUAUUGGAUUUUUUGGACGUGUUACACCAUUUGGAAUCAACUACGGCCAAGUAGCUAACAAUUUGCCGUCACCGGACAAAGUGCUUGAACUCUUCAGCAACCUUAAGGUCACAAAAACAAGAAUUUAUGACACCAAUCCGGAGAUUUUGAGUGCUUUUGCUAAAUCAAACGUUGAGGUCAUUGUCACAGUAGAAAAUGAAAUGCUAAUCCAGUUAAAUGACCCCCAACAAGCCCUUCAAUGGGUGAAUGGCCAUAUCAAACCGUACCUUCCUGACACAAAAAUCACUGGUAUUCAAGUAGGAAAUGAGUUAUUCACUAAUGGUGACACCACUCUUAUUCAGUAUCUAGUUCCUGCAGUGGUUAACAUUCACAAUGCUCUAGUUCGGCUAGGCAUAGACUCUAAUAUCCACGUUUCAACACCAAGUUCCUUAGAAGUACUUCAGGAAUCUUAUCCUCCUUCAGCUGGCAGUUUCAAAAGUGAGAUCUCUGGGAUAAUGUCCCAGUUUUUGAGCUUCUUGUCCACCACUAAGGCACCCUUUUGGAUCAAUGCUUAUCCUUACUUCGCUUACAAGGAUGACCCUAGUAGGAUUCCAUUGGACUAUGUAUUAUUUAAUCCUAAUGAAGGAAUGGUUGACCCCAACACCAACCUACACUAUGAUAACAUGCUUUAUGCUCAGGUAGAUGCAGUUACAUUUGCCAUUGCUAGAUUGAACUUUAGUGGGAUUGAGGUAAGGGUCUCUGAGACUGGUUGGCCAUCCAAAGGAGACACCAAUGAGAUUGGUGCCACACUACAGAAUGCUCAAACUUAUAAUAGAAAUUUGCUGAGAAGGCAAAUGGCAAAUGAAGGGACGCCUCUGAGUCCAAGAAUGAGGUUGGAAGCAUAUUUUUUUGCAUUGUUCAAUGAAGACAUGAAGACAGGAGCAACCUCUGAAAGGAACUAUGGCCUGUUUCAGGCUGAUGAAACCAUGACUUACAAUGUAGGGUUGUCUGCUUUUGCAUCCUCAUCCUCUUCAUCCACUUCAAUUUCUCUUACCUCCUCUGCAGCUCACACAAAGCAGGCAGCAUCAAAGGAAUUUCAAAGCUUGUUCUUCUGGGUGUUUCUGUGUUUGCUGAAUUCAGCCCUUUGUGGCUUUGUUUGAGAAGAAUAUUAUAACAUUCUUAUGGAGUGAUUCAUGUGUAUAUAUCAAAAUAACGAAAAGUUGGGAUUUUACAACCUUCAAGUUGCAAAAUGGAGUAUCUCUAGUAUGAUAUAUAUUAAAGGUACCUAUUUUGCAGAAAUCAGGAGCAACAGACACAAUUUCUUAACAAUGGGGCAACAAAAUCUGCAUCACGGCGAAGAGUUCAACUCAUUUGGAAGAUCAUCACCUUUCACUGUGGCUUCACUUUCACCCACUUACCCCACCACUAGUCACAUUCCAGCAACAAGCAUGUGGCGGUGACGUUAGGUUGAGCUUGUUUUAGAUAGAUAAGGUCCAAAAGCCACAUCAUUUUUUAUUACCUGACAUUAUUUGGAAUUGUAUAUUGCUGAUUUUGUACCAUUUAUUUCAUUUCAUUCAUCCGGUCCAAAGGCUCUAAGACAUGUCUGUAAUUGGAUGCUAAGAAAAGCCCUCUGUUAUGGGACGUGGAAUCCAUCACUGUUCUCGUUUGUAUAUAUAAAUGUAAAAGUAAUUCCUGAUACCCCCAUUCUUUUCUCUGCUUUCUUUCUUUCAUCAACUUGUGUAUUUUAUCACAGUACAAAGUUUAUUACAAAUAUGAUAUAAUGAAAAUCUAAUUAAAGUUCACAAAGUUAAGGCUUUGUUUGCCUCUUUUAUUAUCCUCAUUCGGACAAUAGGACGGUCCUGCUUUAUUCCCUGGCCAAAUAACCGUCAGCAUAGGGUCAUUGCCGACCCCUUUUCCAAAGGUGCCUUUUUUUCUAUUUUAAAGGGGACAAUUAAACUUCAGCCUUAUCAGAACAUGAUGGGGAUUGGUCUAGCUCUUUGACAUCAGUGAAGGUGCUGGUUCUGCACAUGAACCCCUCAAAUUCUCUAGCUGACCCACCACCUUCAUGUGAGAAAAAAAAAAAAAUUAUUUUCCUUUUGGGGCGUAAUAAAAUAUGCAAGGACAAUUUGCAAACAAAUCCCACCCAGAAUUUUUGCAUCGUCAUGGUCUUGAGGUACUCAACAUUCUGAUUUAAAAUUGCUUCCUGCAGCAGCAGUUUCGCUUUUUAUCAAUUUUGAUUGUAAGUCCAAUCACCAAUGCGACAUAUUCCAAGAAGGGGUCCCAUCUCUUAAUAAUUUCAGCGAGUGCUUGACCCAGUUAGAAUUGGAAAAAUUGUUGUCCUUGCAUACACUUUCAUAUUGUUUACUGCGUUCAAUUAUAAUGUUGUGUGGUAAGUAAAAUUGUCGGUUUUCUAUUUCAUCGUAUGUUCUCUGUUGUCUGUGUUGUUGUCUGAACUGUAAUCAUAGAGUGUUAAGUCAAAAUCUCUAUUGCUCAUGGCCCUCCUG